UGGCAGUGGGGUUGGUCAGGGUCUGCUUUGUGUGUCUACUCACACAGCACGAGGGCCAAUCAAUGGAAAGCCGUGUCCACCUCCCUUGCUCUAACGACGUCGUCGUCCACGUCAACGGCGACUCUGCUCCCGACGCUCGCCGGUUUCACCCAACCAACGAUGCAUUUCCCCCUCAACAACAACAACAACAGCAUCAGGAGCAUGGGAAGGAAAGAAGGGGCAGUUUGGUUCUUGCGUACAAGACUCUUGGAGUGGUGUUUGGAGGACUUGUGACAUCACCCCUUUACGUGUACCCUUCAAUGCCACUCAAGUCUCCUACUGAAGAUGACUAUCUGGGCAUCUACAGCAUCAUGUUUUGGACUCUUACUCUCAUUGGGGUUGUCAAGUACGCCAACGUUGCCAUUAGAGCUGAUGACCACGGUGAAGGUGGGACUUUUGCCUUGUACUCAUUGCUUUGUAGGCAUGUCAAUAUUGGGAUCCUGCCCUCCAAGCAUGUUGGUUUGAACACAACUAAGGACGUCCAAAAGAGUACUUUGCUUGCCAGAUUCUUCCAAACAAGCGUGGUUGCUCGUAGGCUCUUGCUCUUUGUUGCUAUGUUGGGUACUUGCAUGCUUAUUGGUGAUGGUAUACUUACGCCUGCAAUUUCAGUGUUGUCAGCAAUGGAUGGACUAAGAGCACCUUUUCCUUCAGUUAGCAAAACGCUAGUGGAAACACUCUCUGCAAUUGUUUUGAUCGUUCUGUUCUUGUUGCAAAAGUUUGGCACAUCCCGUGUUAGUUUCCUCUUUUCUCCAAUAAUGGGUGCAUGGACGCUGAGUACCCCACUUGUAGGAAUUUACAGCAUCAUACACCAUUAUCCUAGCAUAUUUAAGGCUUUAUCUCCCCACUAUAUAUUCCGUUUCUUUUGGAGAAAUGGAAAAUCUGGCUGGCUUUUACUUGGUGGUACUGUCCUUUGCAUUACAGGUUCUGAGGCAAUGUUUGCUGAUCUUGGUCAUUUCAAUCAGAAGUCCAUUCAGAUAGCUUUUCUAUUCACAAUCUACCCAUCUUUAGUUCUGACUUAUGCGGGACAGACAGCAUACCUGAUCAAGCAUCCCAAUGAUCAUGAUGACGGCUUCUACAAAUUUAUACCAACUUCAGUUUACUGGCCUAUCUUUGUCAUUGCCACUUCUGCUGCAGUUGUUGCUAGCCAGUCCUUAAUAUCAGCUACCUUUUCUGUAAUCAAGCAAUCUGUAGUGCUGGAUUAUUUUCCUCGUGUUAAGGUUGUCCACACAUCUAAUAACAAAGAAGGAGAGGUUUACUCCCCUGAAGUGAACUACAUCCUGAUGAUCCUUUGUGUUGCUGUGAUACUUAUUUUUGGAGAUGGAAAAGAUAUUGGAAAUGCUUUUGGUGUUGUUGUGAGCAUAGUUAUGCUUAUCACCACUAUAUUACUCACAUUGGUGAUGAUCAUGAUAUGGAGGACUCCUGCUAUACUGGUUGCCCUAUACUUUGUUGUAUUUUUUGUGAUGGAAGGGGUUUAUGUCAGUGCCGUUUUCACUAAAUUUGCUGAAGGUGGAUGGAUUCCUUUUGCCAUAUCACUUAUCCUUGCUUUCAUCAUGUUUGGUUGGUUUUAUGGUAGACAAAGAAAGAUUGAUUAUGAGUUAACCCACAAGAUAACCUUUGAGAGACUUGAAGAGCUUUUAGCUGACCGCAGUGUUCAAAGGGUUCCUGGGCUAUGCUUCUUUUAUACCAACAUUCAAGAAGGCCUAACUCCUAUUCUUGGACACUACAUAAAGAACAUGAAAUCCCUUCACAAGGUCACAAUAUUCACUACUCUUAGAUAUUUGUUAGUCCCCAAGGUUGCUCCACAUGAGAGGAUUGUCAUCAAGAAAUCGAAUCUCGAAGGUGUAUAUUGCUGUGUGAUUCAGUAUGGCUAUGCAGAUGCUUUAAAUUUAGAAGGAGAUCAUUUUGUUAAUCAAGUCAUCACUAGUUUGACACAACAUAUACAGAACUCUCCUGACAAGCUUUCAUCUAAUUCUCGAGAGAUUGAAGAGACUUCAUACUUAGAAGAGGCAAGGUGUGCAGGGGUAGUUCAUGUUCGUGGAAAGACAAAAUUUUACAUUGGCCUGAACUGUGGCUGGUUUGAUAAAUUUGUGCUUAGAUUUUAUGAAGUCAUGCACAAUAACUGUAGAUCUGCCUUGCCUGCUCUAGGGGUUCCACCACAACAACGGAUUGAAGUUGGAAUGCUAUACGAGGCUUGAAGAUUCAGUAGUUUCACUUGCUCAUACAUACGAACAUUAGAGAGGGUAAAAAAUAAACAAGAGCAAUAGGUUUCCUGUAUCAACAAAGAUCCUGCAAAUAGGCUAAAUCAUAUUCAUGUAAACUGCUCAAGUUGUGAUUGUUUUGACAGAAACAAAAAUAGCAGAAUUACUCUUUUCUUAUAUACACAUUUCAGUUUAAGAUAA